GUGAGACCAGGGGUGGAAGAGGCACCGGGUUAGAGAGGAGGGAGUGGCCAGAGCUGGCAGCUUCCUAGUACUGGGAUUGGAUGGGAGGAGAGGACUGACCGGGAAGCCAGAAAAAAGGGGCUAGAUUACAAGAAGGGCUCUGCCAAGCUCCCCUAGUGCCUGUCCCCGAGUUCCCUAGCAGCCAGAAUGGUAGGGGCCUCUAUCUGGUCCAGAUCUUAAAAACUGCUGGGGAGGAUUCUUUAAGUCUUCCCAAAAGGCCUAGCUUCUGCCUCAGUUUCCCCAUUCAGUGCCCAGGGACUGGGAUCUGCCCAGCUUCCUGGUGCACUUACAGGAGAAGCUAGAAUAUAUUCUGAAACCUCCCAAGAACUCCAGCUCCCAAACCUGAUUAUUCAGGGUUUUCCUCUUAUGUCUUGCUUCCAUGACUUGGGUACCUGCCAGCUGCCAGUCUAACAACUCUCUCCUAGAAAGAAUCAGCAGGAGGAUCCUCUCCCCGAUCCUUUAUUGCCCUCAGCUCUCUCCCUUUAUGCCCAGGUAUGAAAAAGAAAAGAGGUUAGCGCUACAUGGAUACUGACAGGCACAUGUCAUGUCACAGGACAAGAAGUCACCAAGUUGGCAUUAGAACUGGAGUAGGCAGAUGUGGGUGAGAGGAGAAAGGAAAGGGGCAUUGGGUAGCAACCCAGAGAUAUGAGGAGAAGGAAGGAAGUUCUGAAGCUCCUGCAGGACCCAGGGGAAGGGCCAGGUAUGAGGAACUUGAACCCAUCUCCUGGGGAUGGUUGGCAUGGCAACACAUGCCUCAGGAGCAGACUUAGACAACCUUGUGGCAGGAGAUUACAAGGAGUGUGAGGAAGGAGUGCUGCCCAUGGCAGAUCCGCUGUUACCUACAGCCCCAGGACCUUCUGUGGGUGGGAGAGUCCCAAAAGGAGAGGCCAAGAGAGUGGAUGCAGGAAUGGGAAGAGAAGCAGCUGCCUCCGCCACUGCUUUCUUCAUCAGAACCAUCUCCCAGGAGAAAAGCACCUUGAGGGUCUUACUCUCUGACACCUCUCUGGGCCCCUGAAAGACAGAAGGAAUUGAAAAGAAAGGAUGAAAGAGGGGGAUACAAGGAAUACUGAGUAACUGGAUGAGGGCACAAAAGUGGGCAGUGUCUGGGAACUUCCAAUACGAAUCCAGUAUAUGACCAAACCCCAAUUGGUGCUGGACUCAGGAGAGGCAACUGUGAAAGCUGACUGCCUCCCCCAAUAGCGACGUCCCUUCAGCCACAGGGGCUGUAACAAAGUUGUUUGUUAAACCCAGGAUGAGGAAGGUGCUGGGCAGGGCUACUCUGGGCCACCCACAGUAGACAGACUAAAGAUGUCAGUCUGAAGAUGAAGCCUCUUCUUUUUCUUGCUAAGAUAACACCGAUAAGUGACACAGGUGGGAAGCCGCUUGGUUUGGGUGGGCUUUCUCUCUCCCAUGCACAGUGCCUUCUACCAUAAAUCUUAUUAAGCUAUGUCAGAGUUUUGGAUGUCUGAUUCUCCUCAAGCCUAGGAGGGAUGAGCAGAUUGCUGAACUCCCGGAUGUGAGAAAUUGGGAAAGGAAAAGGACUGAGCUCAGGGCCAAGGGCAUGGGCACCAGGGGGCCUCCAAGUGUACCCCUGUCUAUGGACGUCCUCCUUGUGGGGCACAAAGGUAGGCAGUCAAAAAUCAAAGAAGGAAUUUUGCUCAGGAGAUGAAAAAAGGAGAGAGCUCAAAUAGGUGGAUCUUUGGGGAAAGUUUCCUCGAUAUAAGGGCUGCGGCUCUCUUACCUCAAAUCUCAGUGUUCCUGUGAAGGAGACUGAGUGGUGCAGAGUGGUACAAGCCCUUCUGCUGAGGGGAGAAUCUGGCCUUACCCUAGUGACUCUGAGGAGACUGGCCCUUUCCUCUCCCAAUCCCAGUGUAGCCAGGAUCCCACCCACAACUAUCCCCUACCACCACCCUCUGGUUUCUCUCCCCUCCCUUUAGGCUCACCUAAAACAGCCCCUUUCUGACCCAGUUCCCACGGAUGCCUUGGCACUGUCUGGCACGAUCCUUGGCAGGGAAGUGGGGAAGGGAACCCCCAUCCUGGCCGGACUAAGACGAAAUCUAUCUGUGCAACAGGUGUGGGGAGGCCUACCCAGCUCACGGAAAGUUCCCCCCUUCUCAAGGGCUAGGCAACACCGCCUUUGCCGCAGCGUUCCCGUACUGAGGGGGCCGGGCACCUGUUGGGGCAGGAGUUGCCGUCCUGGCAUUAGCCUGGGGGCACUAAGCCCAUUCCUCCCCGGGACUACUGCGGGGUUUGCUUUCGGAGCCUCCGGGACGCACGGGCCCAGACCCGCACUGCUGUCGCCUGGGACCCCUCCCCCGUCUGCCGCUUGUUCCCGCGCCUCUUCUGUCUCCCAGGGUCUCCCCAUUUUCCUGUCCUCCUCGUCCUCCCUCUGCCUCUCUCUCUCCGGCUUCCUCGACACCUGCGCCCUCUCCUGUCUCCGCCCGGGUCGCGUCUUCCUCGCGGUCUCAGCGCCCCCUCCCUCCCCCGCCGCAGCCCUUUGUUUCCCGGCGGAGUAGUUCCUGGGUUGCCGAGCGUCUCUGUCUCCGCAUCUCUCCUCGCCCCGCCUCCUCCCUGCCUGGAUCCGCCCCGCCCGCAGCCUCUCCUCCCCUUCCUCCCUGCCGCCAAGGCCCCGUAGGUGCUCGGGGACCCACCUUCCACCCAGCACGGGUCCGUUCCCCUCUCCCGGCCUGGCCCGGGCUCCCCGGUGGCCGCCACCCCCGCCUUCUCCCAGGGAGGGGGUCAGGUGGGCGGGCACUAUUGUUGUAGGAGCGGGCGCCAGAUUCCUCAGCCGCGCUCGGGGUGGGACCGGCUGGGUUUGGGGGGGUGGGGUGGGGGGAGCGGUGAUUUGAGCUCCGAGCAGCUGGUCUUCGCGGCUCGCUCCCUCCUUCGCGCUCUCUCGCUCCCCGCCGCCGCCCGCAGGGCUGCGGGGCUCCGUGGCAUCUCCCGGGCGCGGCCCGCAGUCCUCGCCCCUGCCUCCGGGCCGCUCCCGCCCCCGGCGCCGCUCGCUUCCCCCACCCGGACUCCCCCAUGUAUGACGACUCCUACGUGCCCGGGUUUGAGGACUCGGAGGCGGGUUCAGCUGACUCCUACACCAGCCGCCCAUCUCUGGACUCAGACGUCUCCCUGGAGGAGGACCGGGAAAGUGCCCGGCGUGAAGUAGAGAGCCAGGCUCAGCAGCAGCUCGAAAGGGCCAAGCACAAACCUGUGGCAUUUGCGGUGAGGACCAAUGUCAGCUACUGUGGCGUACUGGAUGAGGAGUGCCCAGUCCAGGGCUCUGGAGUCAACUUUGAGGCCAAAGAUUUUCUGCACAUUAAAGAGAAGUACAGCAAUGACUGGUGGAUCGGGCGGCUAGUGAAAGAGGGCGGGGACAUCGCUUUCAUCCCCAGCCCCCAGCGCCUGGAGAGCAUCCGGCUCAAACAGGAGCAGAAGGCCAGGAGAUCCGGGAACCCUUCCAGCCUGAGUGACAUUGGCAACCGACGCUCCCCUCCACCAUCUCUAGCCAAGCAGAAGCAAAAGCAGGCGGAACAUGUUCCCCCAUAUGACGUGGUACCCUCCAUGCGGCCUGUGGUGUUGGUUGGACCCUCUCUGAAAGGUUAUGAGGUCACAGACAUGAUGCAGAAGGCUCUCUUUGACUUCCUCAAACACAGAUUUGAUGGCAGGAUCUCCAUCACUCGAGUCACAGCCGACCUCUCCUUGGCAAAGCGAUCUGUGCUCAACAAUCCUGGCAAGAGGACCAUCAUUGAGCGCUCCUCUGCCCGCUCUAGCAUCGCGGAAGUGCAGAGUGAGAUCGAGCGCAUAUUUGAGCUGGCCAAAUCCCUGCAGCUAGUAGUGUUGGACGCUGACACCAUCAACCACCCAGCACAGCUGGCCAAGACCUCGCUGGCCCCCAUCAUCGUUUUUGUCAAAGUGUCCUCACCAAAGGUACUCCAGCGUCUCAUUCGCUCCCGGGGGAAGUCACAGAUGAAGCACCUGACCGUACAGAUGAUGGCAUACGAUAAGCUGGUUCAGUGUCCACCGGAGUCAUUUGAUGUGAUUCUGGAUGAGAACCAGCUGGAGGAUGCCUGUGAGCACCUGGCCGAGUACCUGGAGGUCUACUGGCGGGCUACGCACCACCCAGCCCCUGGCUCUGGACUUCUGGGUCCUCCCAGUGUCAUCCCCGGACUUCAGAACCAGCAGCUGCUCGGGGAGCGUGGCGAGGAGCACUCUCCCCUCGAGCGGGACAGCUUGAUGCCUUCUGAUGAGGCCAGCGAGAGCUCCCGCCAAGCCUGGACAGGAUCUUCGCAGCGAAGCUCCCGCCACCUGGAGGAGGACUAUGCAGAUGCCUACCAGGACCUGUACCAGCCUCACCGCCAACACACCUCGGGGCUGCCUAGUGCUAACGGGCAUGACCCCCAAGACCGGCUUCUAGCCCAGGACUCGGAGCACAACCACAAUGACCGGAACUGGCAGCGCAACCGGCCUUGGCCCAAGGAUAGCUACUGACAGCCUCCUGCUGCCCUACCCUGGCAGGCACAGGCACAGCUAGCCGGGGGGCCCACUCCAGGCAGGGUGGCGUUAGACUGGCAUUAGGCUGGCAUUAGGCUCAGCCCCCAAAACCCCCUGCUCAGCCCCAGCUUCAGGGCUGCCUGUGGUCCCAAGGUUCUGGGAGAAACAGGGGGCCCCCCUCACCUCCUGGGCAGUGACCCCUACUAGGCUCCCAUUCCAGGUACUAGCUGUGUGUUCUGUAUCCCUGGCACCUUCCUCUUCUCCCACACAGGAAGCUGCCCCACUGGGCAGUGCCCUCAAGCCAGGAUCCCCUUAGCAGGGGCCUUCCCACCAGACUCAGGGAAGGGAUGCCCCAUCAAAGUGACAAAAGGGUGGGGUGUGGGCACCAUGGCAUGAGGAAGAAACAAGGUCCCUGAGCAGGCACAAGUCCUGACAGUCAAGGGACUGCUUUGGCAUCCGAGGGCCUCCAGUCACCUCACUGCCACAUAUUAGAAAUGAGACAAUCAAAGCCCCCCCCCGGGGUGGCACACCUAUCCAUCUGCUGGGGUGGGGCAUCCACAUCCAAGACUGGAGCAGCAGGCUGGCCACACUCGGGCUAGAGAGAGCUCACAGCCGAAGCUCUUGGAGGGAAGGGCUCUCCUCACUCUGCCAGGAAGCUUCUUAACAUGUGACAGGACCAGGGGCCAAGAGCAUGGUGAAGCCAAGUGGCAGACGGGAGCUAACCUGGAUGGGGGUUUGGGGAAGGAGGGUGUGUGUAGCAGAGAACUUAUGGGGGCCUCCUUGCCUUUCUCAUUCUUUUGCCCUGCAUCCUGUCAUUUCUGUUCUUGUCCCUCAUACAUCCUGGGAGAACCGGGCUCCAGACUUGGUUCCCUGACUCAUAGCUGCUGCUUGUUAGGUUAGGGUUAGAUGGGGAGAGACAGGGCACAGAGGACCUGUCUCCCUGGCUACUCUCGCCUUAUGGCUCUAGUGUGUGACCUACAGAGCAUGCUCCACAAGCCCCUGCCUCACCUCACUGUCAUCACUAAUAAACAUCAUGCACAGUC